CCUCGCUCGCAAAGAAACCAACGGCCAGCUCCAGAAAAAAAAAAGGAAAACCAACGGCCUUUCCCCCUCCCCCUCGGCGUCAGCUCCGCCUCCGCGCCCCCCUGCCCGGCUUCCCUUCCGCCUCCUCGCACCGCCGCCAUGAAGCUUCCCGGAGGCGCGACGCGCGCUUGGCUAGUCGAUUUCCUGCGCCGUCUGUUCUCUGCCCUGCGCCAGAGAGCGUUCUGGGCGGUGACGGCGGGGGGAAACAAAGAAGCCAAGAAACGGCGGCGCCGACGAGUCAACCGCGCCGCCGCCGAAGCAGUCCUCAUCCACCCCGCGCCUAUCGCCACAGAGGACCUAAUGCCGCCACUCGGCACCCUCGCAGCCACCGACGCGGCGCUCCUCCCUCCCGCGCCUCUCGCCGCCGAGGCCGAGGCCGAGGGCCUCACGCCGACACGCGGCGCCCUCUCCCGCACCAGCACCAUCGUCCUCGACGGGGCGCCGCUCUCCUCCGAGGACCCUACCCCACCGGACGGCUUCCUCCGGGCCACCAAUGGCAUCAUCCUCCACUCGGCGGCUGCCGCCCCGACGGGCCCCGCGUCGGUGGCCCCAGCCACCGGCGGGAAGCUGGAAGAUGACGGUGGCUUUACCCUAGUCGUGGGCAAGAAGAGGAAGCGGGGGAAUGCCCAGGCCGCCCUCGGCCCUGUUGCCUCGCCACCUGCUCCGCGUCGUGGCCCGCCGAGGGGCUGGUUUCGGCACCAUGCUCGCCCCGCUCCUCCUCCUCCGAGCCGCCGUAUUCCGCUCGCAGCCCGGGUGAGGCCUCCUGCCACGGCCAGUAUCCCAGCUUCGUCUCCUGCACUUGCUCCCAGCGUCCCUGCUGCCACGGCCAGAGGCCCAGCUUCGUCCCCUGCACCUGCUGCCACGGGCAGCGGCCCUGCUGCGUCCCCUUCUUCCAUCAUCCCUCAGGAACUGGACGACAGGGAAAAGGAGCGAUCCCUUCACCUACAGUUCUGGGAGGAGAUGUCAAAGCUGAAAGGCGACAAGAUAUACUGUCUGAUCUGUUACUUGGAGCGUCGCCAAAAACUAGUGACUAUGCAGAAUGAUCAGGGUGAUAUCAAACGUCACAAUAAAGCAUUUCACAAGGGGCGUCUUGUGAAAUGCAGAAGUAAGGGUUGCCUUUUGGUGGCAACUAACGGACACGACAUUGGCAUUCAUGCCAUUUGUUGCCACCCUCACAUGCUCUGAAGGCCAAGGAUUUGCUCAAGAAUCGCUGAUGAGUGUUCGAGGACUUGCAGGUGCUUAUGCUACUGUUUGUGUAGGGGGGAAUGCUUCCCGGAGUUGAACUAGGAGAGAUUGUGAAAUGCUUACCAAGUAGGCAUAAGUUCAUAUCUGACAUUGUCCUCAGUUCAGACUGGAAUAUAGUGAUUUGGUUACUCAUGUGCAGUGAUUUAGCUUAUGUUGUUAUUUCUGAAACGUGUGGAUAAUCUAGUUUCGUUGGUUU